AAUGAGAUCAAUUUCCCCAAAUGCAUAUCAAUCAAAUAAAGAUUCAUUUUCAUCUCAACCUUAAUAAUAAUAGAAAGCAAUAUUGAAACCAGUUGUAUAUGAAGCAGUUCAUGUACCUGUAAAUGAAUAGAUUGUUCAUGCAAAUAACUUUAGAUUAAAUAUGUCACCUACUCAUAUUGCACCACCUUCAGGUUAAACUGUUUAUAGAACUAUAUAAUCACCAAAUCAUCCAAUUCCUCAAUAAAUAAUUUAACAAAUUUAAAAUAUCUAAACUUUUCCUUAAUAAAAAGAUUUAAAAUUAUAAACAUCUGUUGCUGAAUUUUAAGUUCCAUAAUCUUAAUCUUAAGAAACAAAUUCUUUAAAAAGUGAUGAUCGAUUUUAUAGAGAAUUUGAAGAUAGAAUUAGAGUUAUUAGAAAUGAGAGUGAUUCAUGGAAAUAAAAGUUUAUUAUUAGUGAAAAUGAUAAGGUUAAAUAAUUAUAAGAUAUGGAAAAUCAUUAUAAAAUGGAAAUGCAUAAUUAAUCAUAAUAAUUAAAACAAUUUUAUUAAGUUACAAUGAAUGAAUUAAAUGAUGAACUUAAACAUUUAUAAAGGGAAUUAGAUAAUUCAAAUAAAGAAAUUGAAAAAGCUAGAAAGAAAUGUCAUUAAUUAGAAAUGGAUUAAUUUGAAUUAAAAACAUAAAUUGUUGAUGCUAAUGCUUAAAAAGAUUAAGCAUAAAAAGAAUUGGUAAGAAUGACUAAUUUAUAUCAAAGAAUUAAAAUUGAUAUGGAUGAAAUGAGAACAUAAUAAGAGAUUAUGAAAAAAAGAAUUAUAAAUGAAUAAGAAUUAGAAAAACUUAAAGAAAUUAUUAAUUAAAGAGAAAAUGAAAUAGAUGAUUUAAAAAUGAGAAAUUCAUAAUUAGAAAUAUUAGGUAUAGAUGUAAGAAAGUUAGAUACUUAAAAUCAUGAACUUUAAAAUUAAUUAGAAAUAUUAUAAUCAUAAAUAUCUAUAUAUGAAACUAAAAUUAUAGAAUAAAGAAAUGAAAUUGAUAAUUUAAAUUCUAUUAAUAAACGAAUGAAUAAUCAAUUAUAAGAAAAGAAGAAUCAUGAUAAAUUAUCUAAAACUAUAUAUGAAUAAGAAAUGUUAAAUUAGUUAAAUUAAGCAUAGGUUUUAUCAUAAGAAAAAGAUAAUUAAAUUAAAUCAUUAAAUAUUUAGUUAUCUUAAUUAUAAUUAAAAUAUGAUUAAUUACAAUAAUAAAUAAUAUCUAUUAGAGAGAAUUAUGAAUAAGAAUUAACUGAAGCAAGAAUGAAAUAAGGAAAAUUUGAAUAAGAAUUUUAAGAUGAUAUUACAUAAAAGUUUUAAUUAAUGUCAAGAGAAAUUCAACAACUUUAAUAAGAACGAUAAUAAUUAUUAAAUGAUUUAUCUUAAUAAUCAUAAUAAAAGGUAUUUUAUUAAAUAAUAAAUUAAGAUUCGAUUAGAUUAGAAAUUGUAAUAGUAAUAAAAAGAAAUUGAUAAUUUUAAUUAUUAAUCUUAAUUAAGAAAUAAAGAAUUAGUUGAUAAUCAAGAAACUAUUAAUUAAAUGUCAAAAUAAGUAACAAAUUUAUCAAAAGAGAAAUAAAAUUUAUAGGAAUAAAUUCAUGUAAAUAUAUUGUAUAUUUAUAAUUAAGAAAUUGCAUUAUUAGUAUUAAGACUUUAAUAAAGUUAACUAUUUUUAUGAAAAAGUUCUUUGUAGUAUUGAAAUGGAAGCAUUAAGGGAAAGAUUAGAUAAUGCAUUAUCUGAAUUAGAAACAAUUAAAGCUAAUUAACUAUCUAUGUAUAAAUUUUCAUGA